AUGGCUAUUAGUGUUGCCACAGUAGCUCUCGAUGAGCGCACGACACUGCCCCUCAGGGUAUUUGUCAAUAGAAGGAAGUUGGCCAGCAACGUGAAGGAGAGCACGCUCUUCGAAACACCGCUACUGUCAAACAAUUCACUCGUGUCUCUGAAAUCCCCGAAGACCGCCAUAUACCUGUCCAACACAGACAUGGAGUCCAUGUGCAACGCCAUCAAGGACGAUUUGCUCAUGAUAGUAUACGAGCUUAUGGGCCCUCAAGUGGCGCUCUCAAAACUGAGAGUCGGUCAGGAGAAGAGCUUCGAUUCCAUAUAUUCGACCACUGAAUACAACCACGAAUUCAUUGACCACCAUAUCGAAAGCAUUACCAGGCUUGGGAAGUUCAAGUACAAGUUGUGGUAUAAGAAUAAUUGGGAGUUGGAGAUCUUUUUGAACAACACCCUCAAACUAUCCCGUAUAAGACGCUACAUGCUGUUUCGUGAUAGUAUACUGCACAACGCUGUUAACGAGGGCAUUCAUGAUAAGAAACAACUGUUGCUGAUGAGGCAAGAUUCUGUCGACAUUUCCAAAGUGCCUACAGAAAAUGAUCUCCCUUUAGAAGACCUCCCUUUAGAAGACCUCCCUUCAGAGGAUAUCAAGCCCGAGGUCAACUUUAGGUACAAGCGAAUGGUGAAUUUGGUUCCUUGCAUAGAUAUACACGUCCUUGAGAGACCAAGACGGCACAAGAGACAAGUCUGA